GUGCCAUGACAACAGGACGAUGAUGGCUUCAAGAGGGCGACAAAUGUGAUUUGAACCACAACGAGGAACAGCAACUCGACUAUAGCUCUCACUGGAGUUCAUUUGGAACCAGGAGGUCACACGACUGUCCUGCUGCUUCCCCAUUGGCUGCAGGUGUCAGCGUGGCGUUGGGUAGGCGAGGCACGCUCUUGGCAGGAAGUGACCAGUUCUGCAGUGAACCCGUUGUAAUCCCGCGACACACGACAAGAGUUGUGACCCUCUCCUGCUUUUGUCGUGUCCAAGCAGAGGCGCCAUGUCUCUGUUCAAGGCACGAGACUGGUGGUCCGCAGCGCUUGGCGAGGGCGAGGAGUUCGACCAGGGGUGCGUCUGUGUGGGAGACGUGGACAACAGCGGCAGCGGACUCGACAAGGUGGUGGUGGGCAGCUUCAUGGGCAUGCUGCGAAUCUUCUCCCCUCAUGCCAGCAAACCCAGCGAGGAGGGCCAGAGCUCAGCCGAGGCCCAGCUGCUGGAGGUCCACCUUCAGAACGCCAUCGUCCAGGUGGAGCUGGGGAAGUUUGUCUCGUGUUCAGAUCUUAUUCACCUGGCUGUCCUCCACCCCAGGAAGCUAUCCGUCUUCUCCGUCUUAGGAACGGCGGGGAACGUGGAGCAUGGCGACCAGUACCAGGUCAAACUGGUGUACGAACACAACCUGCAGAGGACCGCCUGCAACAUGACCUACGGUGCCUUCGGAGGAGUCAUGGGUCACCACUCGCUGUGCAUCCAGUCUAUGGACGGGAUGCUGAUGUUCUUCGAGCAGGACAGCUACUCCUUCGGAAGGUUCCUCCCCGGUUUCCUGCUCCCAGGCCCGCUGGCCUACAACUCCAGGACGGACAGCUUCCUGACGGUGUCCUCGGCUCGCCAGCUGGAGAGCUACAGGUACGAGACCUUGGCCGUGGCCACGGAGGCAGAGCGUCGCCAGGAUCCCGAGCUUCCCCUCAAGAGCGGAGGCAAGCGGCUGAGCCCCGACUGGACGCUGGUCCUGGGUGAACAAGCCCUGGACAUCUCCGUGCCCUCCUUCUCCCACGCCUCCUCCUCCAUCUUUGUGCUGGGCGAGCGCAACCUCUAUUGCCUCCGAGACAACGGGCAGAUCCGCUUCAUGAAGAAGCUGGAGUUCAACCCCAGCUGCUUCCUGCCCUACGCCUCACUGACGGAUGGCACCACCAACCUGCUGCUGGGCAACCACACCAACAUGCUGCUGGUUUACCAGGACGUCACUCUCAAGUGGGCCGCCCAGCUGGCCUUCGUGCCGGUGGCGCUGCGCGUGGCCAACUUCCCGGAGCUGAAGGGCGCCCUGGUCAGCCUGAGUUGGGACGGUCACCUCCUCUGCUCCUACAUGGGCACCGACCCCUCCUUCUUCUCCACACCUAAAGUGGACUCCAGAGAGGUGGACUAUGAGCAGGCGGACGCCGAGAUGAAGAGACUGCACAAGUUCAUCCGCGAGGCCAGCAGGACUCAGGACAUCCUGCGUAAAGAUGAAAGUGAAGAGGCCCUGACAAUGUCAGCAUCCGUGUCUUCAAGGAUGGACAGCCCAUCGCGAGCGCUGAUCCAAGACAUGGAUGGCCUGCCUGUCCCGUCAGUGACAGUCAAGGUGAAGGUGAAGGCCAUCGGCGUGUUGUCCUCUUCCAAGUUAACCGUAGCAGUUCAGCCUCCGCUUGCUGUCACCCAGGACCAGUUUGUCCUUCAACCUAUGGGCGUGGGCUCGUCCGCAGCUGUGGAGUUCUCCGCUUUCCUCGACGGCCGUUACCCGCCUGCCGACCUGGAUGGAGACAUCACCGUGUCGUACAGCUCGCCCACAGAGUUUAACCCCAAAGGUGUCCCUCAUGUCCUUCAGUCCAGGUUCACACUUCCUCUUGCACUGGUCUGCACCGCCUCCCCUCCCAGCAAGACCAGUAACUUUAAGAUCACCGUGGAAACCAACCAGCCCCCGGUGGACCUUAGCACUGCUUUUCCUGAAUUUGCGGAAAAGUGGGAAGAUAAAGACGGAAACAGUUUGGCCUUCCACUUCCUGACGGGCGGCAACGUGACCUUGUUGGCGUCCAAGACCUCCCAGCGUUACCGCAUUCAGAGCGACAUCUUUGAGGACAUGUGGUUGGUGGUGAAGGAGCUGCUCCACAGAGUCGACCUUCAUUUCUCCAAACUAGGAGUUAACGACUUCAAGAAGAGUUUCGGCGGACCGCUUCCCCUGCAGGACUACUUCCUGUCUGUGGACAACCACUUCCAGCUACGCGUCAGUGCUCAGAAGUACCAGGACCUCCUAGCUGAGCGGGCUGUCCAGUUCAGAGCCAUCCAGCGCCGCCUCCUGACUCGAUUUAAAGACAAAACCCCGGCACCCCUUCAGAACCUGGACACACUGCUGGAUGCCACCUAUAGCCAGGUGAUGGCGUUGGCGGAGGCGGCCGACGAGAACGGCGCUCUCCUGGAGGAGGCCUUCGUCCGCCUGAGGAGCGCCACCCACCUGCUGGUGCUGCUGCUGGCGCUGUGGGCCGGCCUCACCCCCGACCAGACCGCCAUCUUGGAGGCAACGCUGCUCCCGCUGCUGCAGGACACGCCGCAGCUGGGCUGGGAGGAGAGCUGCGACGCCGCCGUCUCCCACCUCCUGAGGACGUGUCUGUCCCGCAGCCCCAAGGACCAGGCCACGUCUCUGGCCCAGACGGGCGGUCCCGCGCUGGGUCUGCCGCGCGACACGUCCCGCCUGAAGAAGCACGUCACGCUGCUGUGCGAGCGCAUCGCCAAAGGAGGACGCCUGACGCUCGCCUCCGAGGCCAACGUCCAGGUGCCGGCGCAGGUCCAGAGCCUGGCUGCCCCCGGCGGAGCGGAGUCCAUCGGCCAGCUGGCCGGCGACGGCGAAGAAGCAGACGCGCUGCAGGACGCCGCCAAGUUCGUCAGGAAGAAGCAGCCCUCCAAGAAAGUCAAGAAAGAAAAAGAGCCCAAAGAGAAGAAAGUGUCCAAGGAGCCGUCGGACGUGACCUUGAAAGAAGACGAGGACGUCGCCAAGAAGAAGGAGGCCAGGAAGGAGUCGUCCUCGUCCAAGGAGAGGAAGGAAGCAUCCAAGGAGAGGAAGGAAGCAUCCAAGGAGAGGAAGGAGUCAGGAGACAGGAAAGUGUCCAAGAAGACGUCGGUCAAAGUCAAGGAGAAGAAGACGGAGGCUGAGGUGGGAGACGGUUGAUGUUGCAUCAUCACAACACUUUUUAGCACUUCAAAGGAACAACACUUCCCUUAAAUAUGUUAGCAUGUUAGCCAAUCUUUAGCUAACAGUGAGGCGGGAAACAAGACGCUGACUCAGCAAUAAAUGCAUCCAUCAUGUUGGUGCUGCCCAGUCACAAGCAAGUUGUGCAUUUUUUACUCUGAACAUUCAAAGUUCAUUCAUGAAAGUGCUCGCACCCACAAUUUUUUUGGGCCCCGCUGGAAUUAUUUUGUAGUUAAAAAAAAUAUAGAGAUUUUAAGUUUACAGUUUUUUUUACAGCGGAUUACUGUAAAUAAAAAAACGCUAGCAGUGG